UCUUCGCCAAGAUGGCGGCGCCCAUGCAGGUACAUUUAGAUGAGGAGGAAGUAAGACAUGAGCCAAGGCUUCAGGACACCCCUGAAGACAUUUCCCUCGAUGCGGCAGCAAACACCAUUGCCUUUCACCCUAGCCGGGAUAUCAUAGCUGUUGGAGAUGUGGAUGGUGAUGUCUAUCUGUAUUCAUUUUCCUGUCUUGAAGGUGGGAACAAAGAGCUUUGGUCCUCGGGGCAUCAUCUGAAAUCCUGCCGGGAAGUGUCCUUUUCUCAUGAUGGACAAAAGCUCUUCACGGUAUCUAAGGAUAAAUGCAUUCAUAUCCUGAAUGUGGAGGAGGGCCGCCUGGUGACACGCUUCUCCAAGGCGCACAGCUCUGCCUUGAACAGCCUGCUGGUAAUAGAUGAGCAUUUGUUUGCCACGGGAGAUGACAAUGGGGAGCUGAAAUUGUGGGACUUGCGCAAGGGCACCUCCGUCAUGGAGAUGAAGCACCACGAGGAGUAUAUCAGCGGCAUGGCCCUGGAUGGGAACAAGAGGCUGCUGUUGACAACCAGUGGCGAUGGGACCAUGGGGGUCUUCAAUAUCCGAAGGCGGCGCUUUGAGCUGCUCUCUGAACCUCAAAGUGCAGAACUGACAGCUGUCACUCUGAUGAAGAGAGGAAAGAAAGUGGUCUGCAGCUCCAGCGAGGGGACCCUUUACCUCUUCAACUGGAAUGGUUUUGGGGCCACCAGCGACCGUUUUGCCCUGAAGGUGGAGUCCAUUGACUGCCUGGUCCCUGUCACAGACAGCAUUGUGUGCGCAGGCUCCACUGAUGGCAUCAUCAGGGCCGUGAACAUCUUGCCCAAUCGUGUGAUAGGCAGCGUUGGGCAGCACGUAGGGGAGCCCAUUGAGCAGCUGGCCAAGUGCCCCAUCAGCCCUUUCUUGGCAAGCUGUGGCCAUGACCAGAAGGUGAAGUUCUGGGACAUUUCCUCACUUAGCUCUGUGGUUGUGGAUGAUUACAGGAAGAAGAAGAAGAAGGGCAGCCAGUUGAAAUCCUUGAGCCGCAAGGCAAUCGGUAGCGGGGAGGAUUUCUUUGCAGAUUUGAGAGAGGAGGCAGCAGGCCCGGAAGAGAAGGAAGAAGACCACAGUAGUGACUCAGACAGUGACUGAGAGAUCAGUCCUAGAUGAGGGGCUCAGUCCCCACAAGAGACACUCGUUGGGACAGACUGCUGCUGGAACGUGCAAAGCCCUGCCUCCUCCCAGGCAGAGCCGCUGUUGCCUGAGCCGGCUGCUUCUCCUGGACUGCUGAAGACAUCGCACACUUUUUGAGAGACGUGUGGCGGAGAAUGAGGCCGAGGGCCUCUGACCAUCCCUGAUAGUCUGGAAAGAAAAUUAGUCCUUUCUGUGCUGUCGGAAGAGAAAGUUCUCUUGAAAGGAGGAAACGAGAAGCUGCUGUUUGUGACUGAGAUUUGCAGUUUUUCCCCCUAACCUAUUUAUAAGAGCCAAGUGGUCACUUCUAUGUAUAUGGACAGGCUGAACAUCUGCUUCCAGCUGCAUUAUGUCUACAUUAAAAAAAGAUAAAUUUGGAUAUGUUAGAAUGUUGGUGCCUCUCUGAAGAAAACAGCUGAAAGACCUGGUGCAAGUCAGUCUGUGAAUUAUCCAUUAAAGCAAGGAAUUGGGAGCUGA